CCGACGGCGCAUGGAUCAGGACACCAGAUUGACUUCUUUGUGGCUUCUUUGGUUGUCUUUACACUUCGUGGCUAAGAGAUAUCUUCAUAAUAUUUCCGGAGCUUGCACGGCAUUGGUUGUAGCACCUACGGAUUUAGUCUGUUGUAUGCGAGUUGGCACUUCCAAACAUCGUGCCUCUCAAAAUAUUCAAGCCAGGAAGUUGAGCGUGGAAUUUUUGGAUGAUCAAAAUCUUGACUAGUGUGCUACUGCUGAAAGUUAUGCAAAAAGUUAGAUCUAACUUAGAACUAGAUGGACAACUCG